AAAAAUGACAUUUCCUAAAAUCAAAUGUUCAUUUUGAAUAGCGCGAGACCGACUUGAAAUAUAUUGAUCGAUUCGGCGAAUACUCUCUCGUUUGGUCCAAUUCGGACUGAACCUUGAUUCAUCAUCAUCAACAUGGGUAGUUCUGAACCCGGUUUCGAAGAUUUUCUUCAAGACAAGAAGCGCAGGAACCCAUUUGUCCCCGUCGGCGCGUUUAUUACUGCCGGUGUACUAACGGCUGGCUUAAUCAGCUUUAGACAAGGUAAUUCUCAGUUAGGCCAGAAACUAAUGAGGGCUCGUGUGGUUGUUCAAGGUGCUACUGUGGCACUCAUGGUUGGCACUGCCUAUUAUUAUGGAGACAAUCCUUGGCAGAAGAAAUAGACUUUAAAUAGCUACCUAACACUCAAAGAUAAACUUUGUAAUUGCUUUGUUUCUUGUUGGUCUUAGCUUUGUUUACAUGAAGAGGAAUUUGUUCAUUUGAGGACAAAAUCUUUGUCAAUUAUUUUAUUUCAACGCAUGAGAAUUGAGUUGUUAUGGAUGUACUUUGGGAUAUGUACUAUAGUAUUUUUUUUCAAUAAAGUAAACUACUCUCAGUUUACUG